AUGGCAGAGAGCUUCAAUUCAUGGAUAUUGUCUGCAAGAUACAAGACAAUCAUUACAAUGCUGGAAGAGAUUAGGAUGAUGAAAAGAAUUGGCCAAUUACGAGAGUUCUCAAACACAUGGGUCACUAAUAUUUCUCCCCUGGCUUUUAAGAUUUUACAACAAAACAUUAAUAAGUCAAUGCAGUGUAACAUAUCAUGGAAUGGAGAAAGGGGUUUUGAGGUUGUAGACAAAGGCUUUACACAUUGUGUAGACAUUGUUAGAUGCACUUGUAGUUGCAGAGCUUGGCAGCUUAAGGGCAUACCUUGUCCUCAUGGUGUUGUUUCCCUACACUACAAGCAAUAUGAACCAAUUCAUUAUGUGGCUAGCUAUUAUAACAACGAAACCUACCUAAGGACAUAUGAAUAUGUUAUCCAGCCAAUGAACAAUAUGAAUAUGUGGCCACCAUCUGUUAAUCCAACAGUUCAACCACCAACAGUUAAACAGUUGCCUGGAAGACCAAGUAAAGCUAGAAUCGAAAACGACAAAUGA